AUGGCUCCUCGAGGGAGACCUAGACGGGUAGUUCAAAAGCCACCACCGAACCCCGUUGCUGCUGCUAUAGCGGCACUACAAGUACGAGGAGGACCUCCACCACCUUCACCCCCACCUCCACCGCCAGUUACACCACAUGUGCAGCAGCAGGUUGCACGUGCUGUUGGUCCCGUACAGAUUCUUGAGCCUGUUGUGAUGGGACAAGAAGGGUCAGGAGAGGCCCAUCAGGAGGCGGAGGCAUCUGUCCAUGAGGGACGAGUGAGGCAGCCAGUUAUUGAGGUUGAUAGAUCAGCUAUACCACCCAUGUUUGACCGGGAUACUAGAGAGUGUAUGCUGAAUGCUUUCAAGAAGCAUUCCCCACCUCACUACAAAGGUGGAAGAGAUCCCAUCCCAGCAUUGGAGUGGCUCCAAGAGAUGGAGCGCAUUUUUCAGGUUAUGGAAUGUGAUGCCAACACGAAGCUCCUAUAUGCAGUGUACAUGUUACAGGGGGAUACUGCUGACUGGUGGAGUAAUGUUAGAAACCCACUUGAGUGCCAAGGUUAUGCUAUUACUUGGCCGUUAUUUGAGAGGCAUUUUCUGCAGAAGUACUUCCCUGAAGAAGCCAGGGAAAGGAAGAAGAGUGAGUUUGAAGACCUCCGGCAGGAAGGCAUGACUGUGGAUAAAUAUCUGAGCAAGUUCAACCGCUUGGCAAAAUAUUCGUGUUAUGGUAGAGCUCCCCUCACGCCAGAAGACAAGGCCUUUCGAUUCAGGAAGGGUCUGAAUGAUAUGAUAGCAGACAAACUUGCUGGUCAUUGCACCAGAGAUUUUGUGGAGUUGAUCAAGCAGUGCCAGAAUAUUCAGGAGCACUAUUGUACCAGGGGAAAUGAAGCAGCGGGAAAGAGCUUCAGUGGGAGGACUACGCCCUGGAAGGGUAAGGGAAAAGGUUUGCAAGCACAACAGAACUCCAAGUUUAAGAAGACUCCCUUUGUGAAGAAUGGAAGCAGAAUGUCUGGUGCAGGGAAGAUUCCCACUUGUGCCAAGUGUAGGAAGAUGCAUACAGGUGUUUGUCGACUGGGGCAGAAUAUUUGCUUCAGCUGUGGUCAGGCAGGACAUUAUUCCAGAGAGUGCCCCAAGAAGACGGGGCAAGUUGCAGCCAUUCAGGCGAUCCCUAUUCAGUCCGUGCCUGCUCAGAGAGCCAUAGAGGAGCCUAUGGCGCCCACUAGUGCCAGGGUAUAUGCAGUGACACAGCAGGAGGCAGAGAGGUCUCCAAACCUUAUCAAAGGUACUAUUCUUAUCAGAGGAUAUGAAUUUGACGCCAUGUUUGAUUCUGGAGCUACCCACUCCUUCAUAUCAGAAUUUGUUGCUAAUGGAUUACAUUUGCCCAUUCAUGAGUUCACGCCUCCCAUGGUAGUGAAGACUACCACCGGAGACAUUGUUUCUACUUCUUUGAAGUGCAAAGAAGUCAGAUUCAUAUAUGAGCAAGAAGAGUAUAUGGUGGAUUUGAUAGUGCUUGAGGGCAUGAAUCUACACAUUAUCUUGGGUAUGGAUUGGCUGGUCCGAUAUGGUGUGAUGCUAGAUUGUUGUAGCAGAAGAGUUUUCUUUGCUGCAAAAGGAGAAAAGCCGGACAGUUUGUACUUGACAGCACCGCAGUUAAAUAAGGCUCUAGAUGAGGGAGAUGCAGGAUACAUUAUCCUGGGAGGACUCGUAGGAGACUCCAAAGAACCUACUGCUAAUAUUCCGGUUGUAUGCGAGUUUGAAGACGUAUUUCCAGAAGAAAUUCCUCAUUUUCCACCUGAGAGGGAGAUUGAAUUCUCAAUUGACUUAGUACCUGGUGUGGGGCCUAUCUCAUUGGCUCCAUACCGGAUGUCACCAGUGGAGCUAGCUGAGCUGAAGAAGCAGUUAGAAGAAUUGUCCCACAAGAACUUUAUCAGACCGAGUAUCCGGGUAAAAGCAAAGGAUAUUCCGAAGACGGCUUUCCAAUCCAGAUAUGGGCAUUAUGAGUAUCUAGUGAUCCCAUUUGGGCUUACUAAUGCCCCAGCCGUGUUCAUGAGUUAUAUGAACCGAAUCUUUAAACCACAUCUAGAUCAGUUUGUAGUGGUGUUUAUUGAUGAUAUUCUAAUCUACUCCAAGAGUAAAGAAGAGCAUGCAGAGCAUUUGAAGAUAGUCCUACAGAUUUUGAGGGAGCAUCAGUUAUAUGCCAAACCCUCCAAGUGUGAGUUUUGGUUACAUGAGAUCCAGUUUCUUGGACACAUCAUCUCAUCUACAGGAGUGGCUGUUGAUCCGAGUAAAAUUGAAGCUGUGCUGGAUUAUGAGAGACCCAAGAGUGUUACUGAAAUCUGGAGUUUUCUGGGUUUAGCAGGAUACUACAGGCGGUUUAUUAAUGGAUUCUCCAGAAUCACCUUGCCAUUGACUAGAUUGACCCGCAAGGGGGUGCCAUUUGCAUGGACCCUUGGGUGUGAUGUGAGUUUCCAGGAACUAAAAGAUAAGUUUACUACCGCACCGGUUCUGAUUCUUCCUGAUCCAGAGAAGAGAUUUGAGAUCUAUUGUGAUGCAUCCAAGUAUGGAUUAGGGUGCAUGUUGAUGCAGGAGUGA